AUGUAUAAACCUAAUUCUACAAAUAACACAACCUUAAGUUUAUUACUCUAUAACGAUAUAAUCCAAUAUUGGAUAUGGUUUUUUUUAAAAGAUGAAAAAGAAAAUAAAAAUGAUUCAGUACAUUUAACAUCACAACAAUCUUUAGAUUUACAUAAUGUAAAACUUUAUAAUAACACAUUUUGCGGACUAGCCAAAUUUGAUAAUUAUUCCUGUCCCUAUUUUUAUCCUAAUAUACGUAUAAGAAAUAAUAAUAAAAAGGAAUAUUCGGGUAUAUUUACCAAACGAGAGUUAACAGGAUAUGGACAAAUACAAUCCAAACAUUUCAUAUAUAAAGGAUAUAUAUAUAGGGGGAAAAAAAAUAAAGUGGGAAAAAAUAUUUUUAGGAAUAAAAAUAAUUCAAAAUUAAUAUAUAAGGGGUCCUGGAAAAAUAAUAAAAGACAUGGAUAUGGUAAAAUAAAACUAUACAAUAAUAAUAAUAAUAAUGAUCAUAAUGAUCAUAAUGAUCAUAAUAAUGAUAAUAAUUAUAAUAAUUAUAAUAAUAAUUAUUAUUAUUACAAGAAGAAGAAAAAAAUUUAUUUAUAUAAAGGAUAUUUUAAAAAUAAUCAAAGAUAUUUUUACGGUAUUCAAUAUUAUAAGGAUGGUUCAUAUUAUGUUGGUUUCUGGAAAAAAAAUAAAAAAUGGGGAUAUGGAAAAAUGACCUGGAUACAAAAAAAAAAAUCCCAAAUAAAUUAUAGUAAUUCUGAUGAUAAGAAGAUAAAAGACAUUCAAAAUAAUGAAAUGAGUUACAUCAAUAAUAAGGUGUAUAGUAUUAAAAAUGAAGACAACACUUUAUAUAAUAAGAAAAGAUGUUCUUUUUUUGUUCAUAGUAUUUAUGUUGGACAAUGGAAAAAUGAUAAAGAGGAAGGAUAUGGGAAAUUUUUCUGGUUUAAAAAAAGAAAAAAAGAUAUAAAUAAAAAUAGAAUUGAACCAUUUGACGAAAAUAUAAAUACAUAUGAUUAUAAAGAUGAUACAUAUAGAAAUAAUAAUAGUAUAUAUCACAAUGGAUCUUAUGAUAGUUAUGAAGGAUACUGGAAAAAAGGGAAACGUUUUGGAUACGGUAUAUUUAAUUAUUAUAAUGGUAAGAAAUAUAUAGGUAUAUGGAAAAAUAAUAAAAAACAUGGAUAUGGAUAUUUAAUAAAUGUCAAUAAUAUUAUUAAUCUAUGUUUUUAUAAACAAAAUAAAUUAAUAUAUGAAUUCGCAAUAAAUAAAAUAUAUGAACUAAAUAAUUUAUAUACAAAUACAUUAUGUAAUGUAAUUAAUCUUUCAUAUUUUAAAAACUAUUAUAAUAUAAAAAAUAAAAAGUUGGAAAAUUUGUACAAAAUAAUAUAUGAAAAUUUCUCUUUUCUUAUUCAUAUAUAUAACUUUUAUAAAAUUAAAAACACUAUGAACAUAAAUAGUAAUACAUAUAAUCAAUAUAUUAAAAAAAAACGUUAUUCGAAGAAUAAUAAGGUUUAUCAUAAUUCUUUUACAUUAUUAAAUUUAUGGAAUAUGUUUUAUAAAUCGCAUAUAUUUGAUGUUCAAUUUUCACGACAUUCUCUAAAUAAUCUAGUCAUAGAUCAGUUAUCCGGUGUUGAUGAGGGGCGGGAGAAUUAUUUUUUUCAACAAAAUGAGGACGCUACGGAAAAUUUUUGUUUUUUAUUUAAUGAAAAAGAUUUUAUUAAAAAAUUGUUUACAUCGUUUGAUUAUUUGCCAAAUAUUUCAACGAAUAAAAAUGAACAUGAAGGUGAGCACAAAGGUGAACACAAAAAUGAGCACAAAGGUGAGCACAAAGGUGAGCACAAAGGUGAGCACAAAGGUGAGCACAAAGGUGAGCACAAAGGUGAACAAAAAAAUGAACAAAAAAAUGAACACAAAGGUGAACAAAAAAAUGAACAAAAAAAUGAACACAAAGGUGAACAAAAAAAUGAACGUGGAAGUAAAAGAUUAAUACAUAAAGACAAUAUAAGUAUCAUGAAUACUCCCAAUAAUUUUAUUAUUCAUAAUAAUACUUCACAAAAAAGUAUAACAUAUGAUACUUAUAAUCAUAAGACAGAUUUAUGUUCAUGUAAUAACAAAAUACAAAAUAUAUAUUCAAGAAACUACUUAUCUUGUCUUUAUCAAUAUUUUAUUUUUAAUAUGGAUUUAUGUUUAUUAAAAGAUUGCACAAAUUUUUAUAUUUAUCAUUUUAAACAUUCCUUUUAUAAACAAGCAAAUUACAUUUUAUUAAAAAAUAUACUUUUUUUUAUUGUAAAAUAUAAUAAUGUACAAAAAGAAAAUAUUCAUUUUUUAUAUUACGUUUUGUGUAGUAUGCUGAUUACGACUAUUCCUUUAUUAUAUCCUUUUAUGGAUAUAUUAUGUAAAUAUGAAAAGAAUAAGAAAAAAUUCAAAGAUAAUAAUAUAUAUAAAUUUUUAUAUCUUCAUAUGUAUUAUAGACAAUAUGAUAGUAAUAAUAAUAAUAAUAAUAAUAAUAAUAAUGCACAAUUUAUGUUAUAUAUGAAAAAAAUUACAGACUAUCUUUUUUUAAGAAAAUAUUUUAUACAUGAUGAAAAAAGAAUAAUCACUUUUCAUUCGUUCAUCCUCACACUUGUUCAUAUAGAUAUAAGAAUUGGAUAUCAUAAAAUGUGUGAACAUAAAAGUUUAUAUUACUUGAUUCAGUUCUUAAAAGAACAUGUACCAUGGGGAAAAUAUAAAGAAAAUGAUAAACAAGAUAUAAUACAACAAAUUAAAACCAAAAAAUAUUUUGAUUCUUAUACCUAUAGAUAUAUUAAAAAAAUAAAUAAUAAUAACAAUAAUAAUAAUAAUAAAAAUAAUAAAACAAGUUAUCAUUAUAAAGAAAAAGAAAUAGAUGGAAUAACAUAUAUAAUUAAUGUAAAGAAAAAAAAAAAUAAUAAAAAUAAACGAAAUAUAAUAAAAAAGAAAAAUCCUACAAAAUUUGUGAAAAAUAACAAAAUUAAUAAUAUUCCUAUGUGGAAUCAUUUCUUUCCUAUAUAUUAUCAUAAUACCAUAUUAUAUAAAUUUUGUCCAAAAAUUAAAAAAAAUAAUAUAAAAAAAACUUGUAAAUUCUGUUUAAAAAGAAUCAAAUUUUAUUUGAAAAAUGAAAAGUUAUAUGAACAAGAAUUAAGAAAUAUAUUGGAAAAUUUUGUCUAUUACUACAUUCUUUUUUUUUUGAUUUUUAAAAAAAAGCAAAAAUGUAUAUCAAUUUUUUCAAUGAAAUUAAAUGUAUCCAUAAAAUUAAAAAAUAUUUUAAAACUUUUAUAUGACCUUAAUAUAAUCACAAAAUAUAAUAACAACCAUAAUAUUAAUUGUAUUAAUUUGUGUUCUUUAAAAAAAAAAAAAAAAUAUAGAAAAAAGAUAAAAUAUGGUGAUAUAUAUAAUAAUAAUCCUUCUUAUCAUAUAAUAUUUCAGAGAAAUGCUCAUGAAAAUAAUAAAAAUGGAAAAAUAUUAUCAUCAUCAUUAAAUAUUGAACAUAAUAAUAUUAUAGAAAUAAAAAAAGAACAAAUUAUAUUAAAUGAUCAAGUAAAAAAAUAUAAUCAAAAUAUAGAUACAUGUCAUAAAAAUGAUGAACAGCACAACAAAAAUGAUUGCAUGUGUGAACAAAUAAAUUGCUUUCCUAUAAAUCCUAAUGAAAAUUAUGAUCAUAAUAUAUAUACUAUUAAAAGAAAUCAUUAUAAAAACAGAAAAUAUUUUAAUCACAGAGUUGCAGAGAACAUACAAAAAAUGUCUCAUCAAUUUUGUUUAUCCUUUUUUGAAGUUCUAUCCAUGUUUUCUAAAAUAUUGAUACCUCAAAGGAUACAUUUAAUACAAGAACCCAUAAUAGAAAUUUAUUUAAAAAGGUUGAAGAAAAAAAGGAAACUCAGAAAAAUACAAAAACAUGUUCUAAAAAAUAAUAUAUUACAUUAUUAUAUGAUAUUAAAAAAACAAAAAGAAAAAUAUACAAAUCAAUAUUAUAAAUGUACAAAAAAUAAUAUAUGUCAUAAUAACAAAUCGGUAGCUAAUAAAUUAAUAUAUAAUACAAAUAAAACUACCUAUUCUUCUAUUCAUCAGAAAAUAUUUUUUCAAAAAUUAAUAAAUAUAUUAAAUAAAAAAGAGAAAGAAUUAUUUAGUCAUCAAAUAAAUGAGCAACAUUCUACUCUUCAAAAUGAAUCACAAAUUGUGAAGAAAGAAAUUAUUCCUUCAACACAUGAUGAUAUAUCAUCAAUAAAAAAAACAAAAACAAAAACAAAUAAGAAAAAGAAAAGGGAAAAGGAAAAGGAAAACAACCCUGUUAGUAAUAUAAAUAAUUCAAAUAUUAAUAAACAAAUCAAACCAAAUGAUAUACACAAUAAAGAGACAUAUAAUAAUAAAUUAAAAACCAAUAAUAAUUUAUAUACCACUCCUUUUUAUCUUCCAAAAAAUCAAUAUAUAAAAACCCCAAUUUAUUGUUUUAGAAAAUAUAUAUUUUCACAUAAAAAUUAUAUGAACAUUUUAGAUUUUUAUAAUACAUAUAUCACACCCUAUGAAUUCAUCACAUUCUUUUUAAAAUUCGUUCAAAAAAUUAAAAAGAAGAAGAAAAUACAAGCACCAUACAAUGAUGUGCUUUUCUUUUUUAUAUUUCAUGUUUUGAUUUAUAAAUCCUUCCAGUUGGUUAAAAAAAAGGAAAAAAAAAAAAAAAAAAAAUAUAUGUGA